UGGACCGCCCGCGGCUAAUUCUCACUCUUUACUGUAGCCUGGACUGGAGCAGUUGCUCAGUUCUCAGCUUCCAGUCCUAGCGCGUAGCGCCGCUCCUUCCAUUUCCGCCUCCGCGCCCCGCCGCGCCGCCCGAGCGUUUCGUUCCGGGAGCGGCGAGACGGUCGGUUCACGUGGGAGACGCGAGCCCUUUAUUUCGACGCUUUCUGCGGGGGGAAGGGGCUGGCACGGGCGGCGAUGGCGGCCGACGGCGAGGCGGCGGCGCUGGAGUUCACACCGACGUGGAUCGUCGCGGCGGUCUGCUCGCUCAUCGUGCUCCUCUCGCUCGUCGCCGAGCGAUGCCUCCACUACCUCGGCAAGACGCUCAAGAAGAAGAACCAGAAGCCGCUCUUCGAGGCGCUGCUCAAGGUCAAAGAAGAGUUGAUGCUUCUGGGGUUCAUCUCCCUGCUGCUGACGGUGUUCCAGGGGAUGAUCCAGAGGACAUGCAUCCCUGAACACUGGACAUUCCACAUGCUGCCAUGCGAGAAGGCAGAUGAGAAGGCCAAUGAGGCCGCCACCACGGAGCAUUUCGUUGCUGUCGGGACCCUUGGCAGGAUCGGUAGGCGCCUGCUGAGUGAAGGCGCUGCUGAGGCUGAGCACUGCCAUAAGAAGGGAAGAGUUCCACUUCUGUCCCUUGAAGCCAUACAUCAGCUGCACAUUUUCAUAUUUGUUCUGGCAAUCACACAUGUUAUUUUCAGCGUCACAACUAUGCUUUUAGGAGGUGCACAGAUACACCAAUGGAAACAGUGGGAGAAUGGAAUUCAAAAAGAUGCUCCUGGAAAUGGGCCUAAGAAGGUAACCCAUGUACGUCAUCAUGAAUUUAUCAAGAAACGUUUUAAGGGUAUUGGCAAAGAUUCUAAAAUAUUGAGUUGGCUGCAUUCUUUUGGCAAGCAGUUUUAUAGAUCAGUAUCUAAAUCAGAUUACACCACAAUGCGUCUUGGUUUUAUCAUGACUCACUGCCCUGGAAAUCCAAAUUUUGAUUUCCAUAGAUACAUGGUAAGGGUAUUAGAGGCUGAUUUUAAGAAAGUAGUAGGCAUAAGCUGGUACUUGUGGGUCUUUGUGGUGAUAUUUCUGUUGCUGAAUGUUAACGGCUGGCACACAUACUUUUGGAUUGCUUUCCUUCCCCUUUUUCUUCUGUUAGCUAUUGGCACCAAGCUGGAGCAUGUCAUAGCUCAGUUAGCCCAUGAUGUAGCUGAGAAGCACACAGCGAUCGAGGGUGAUGUGAUCGUAAAACCAUCAGAUGAACACUUCUGGUUCGGCAAGCCUAGGAUUAUCCUUUACCUGAUCCACUUCAUCCUCUUUCAGAAUGCAUUUGAGAUUGCAUUUUUCUUCUGGAUACUGAGCACUUAUGGAUUCGACUCAUGCAUCAUGGGACAAGUUCGUUUUAUUGUGCCGAGGCUUGUCAUCGGGUAUUUUGAUCAUUUCAAAUCAAAUGCCUCCAGUUUAUUGUCCAUUUAUGCCAUGAGGAAAAGGCAAGCCUCAGUAUUUCUCUUGACACUUGUAUCCACGCUUUGUACUUGCAGGGUUGUUAUUCAGCUUCUGUGUAGCUACAGCACCCUGCCUCUGUAUGCAAUUGUAACCCAGAUGGGCAGCUGCUACAAGAAGGAGAUCUUCAACGAGCAUGUGCAGCAGGGCGUCCUGGGCUGGGCUCAGAAGGUCAAGAUGAGGAAGGGACUGAAGGGAGCUGCAGCUGCUAGCAAGAACGAAUCGACGAUCAAUGCCGAUUCGGCAGGACCUUCUGUUAAGAUUGAAAUGGCCAAGGCUGAGGGGGAGGAUGUUGAGGUCGUUGGAAACACAGGGUGAUCAGUGAUGGGACAGUAGGGUUCCCGUGUUGUAAUGAUGUAACAUGUUCAUAUGCCAUCAUUUUUUUUUUUGUAGAUAGUUGUUGCAGCAGCCGCGAAGUGUUUGUCGUAGACUCGUAGUAUCUUGAAGCCAUUUUUGUGGUCUGUGCAUGUCAUGACCUGGACCCUGGCCUCCUAAUAGGAGUGGGUGAGUUUAGGCCCGUUAGCCUUGUCUGUUAUUAGUCCAGUAGGAACCAGAGUCCUAUACUUAUACUAGGAAAAAGUCCACAUUACAUUCAUCAAUA